UUGUGGUGAUUCAGCUUAUAACUCAAUACAUAAUUCAACUACAUUUUAUAGUUGGUUUCAUGAUGUUAGUGGAAUUAACAUUCCAAUUCAAAAGAGUAUUAUAUUAACCCAGAGUCCCAACGACCCAAAUAUUUACAUUUACCAAAAUUAUACAUAUUUUCCAAUUGAUGGCGAGGGUUUUGAUAAUAAAGCAAAGUUUUUAAAUGAACAGGUAUACCUUGAUGGUAAAGGUGUUGCUCACAAUUUCCAUUUCUGUCUUGAGGUUCAUACCGAGUUUCAAUAUUUAUCUGGUGAAAAAUUUACAUUCAAAGGUGAUGAUGAUGUUUGGGUAUUUAUAAAUAAAAAACUUGUUGUAGAUUUAGGUGGAAUUCAUAAUAUUCAAACAGGUACAGUAAAUUUGGAUACUUUAGGGUUAACAGUUGGUGAAAACUAUCCAUUUGAUUUCUUUUAUUGUGAACGUCAUACUACAGAGUCCGAUAUUUAUAUUGAAACAUCAAUCAAAUUUGAUUGUCCUUCUUAUGAUGCUUGUGGCGUAUGUUUAGGUGAUAAUAGUACAUGUUGUCUCCCAUCAAACUGUGAAGAAAAUCAAAACCUUUUAUUAAAUUGUUUACAAGGAACAUGUGAUGGUAAAGUUUGUAGUUUAAGUGAUAGAGUUUGUGAUGAUAACAAUGUUUGUACUGUAGAUCAAUGCAUUAAAGGCUCGGGUUGUUCAUUCCAACCUAUAAAUUGUGAUGAUGGAGAUCACUGCACCCUUGACUUUUGUUUAAAUGUAGAUGUUGGAGGAGGUUGUAGACAUCUUAGAUACCCAAAUUGUAAAGAUUGUACAAACGAUAAAUGUAUUACAUAUGAUGCAUGCUCCCCAAGAUCUUGCGAUCCUAUCACCGGUGCAUGUACAAACAAAACAAUAGAUUGUGAUGAUAGUAAUAGUUGUACUGCAGAUUCUUGCGAUAAAGGAAAAUGCAUAUAUGUAAACAAUUUAUUAUGUGUAAAUAUCCUUCCAAUAAAUUAUUGUAGUUGCCCUGAAGGUUGGGUUUGUAUUGACCCAGCUGCAGGAACUUGUCAUCCAGGAACACCAGUCACAACCACUGAAAUAUCUACAACUACAGCAUCUUCUUCCGUAGAUCUUUCAUCUGACGGAAGUCAAUCGUCAUCAUCUAAUAGUGAACCAACAGGCCAAGCAACAACUGAAAUUUAUGAUACCGGGCAUAAUAAUCCCACCACAACAUAUUCCACAACUAGUGAUUUCACAAGUGGUAUCGGUCAUUUAACUACUGGUGGAGAUGGUCAUUUAACUGGUACUACAGGAAACAUUCCAUUCCACCAAUGUAACCCAAGUCGUUAUAGAAAUGACUGUAUAGAUACCUUUACAUGUCGUCGUGGACCAAAUGGAAGAUAUGGUUGCUAUCCUCAAUGCUUAACCUGUAACGAUAUUGAUUGCAAGUCAAUGCAUCUCAAGUGUACUCAUAUUAAAAAUCCACACUAUUCAUUGUUCCUCAAUGAAGAUGGAAAAUGUAAUGAUGGCAGUUGUUGCGAAUACCAACCAACUUGUGUUCCAAAUUCACCACAAUAUAGAAAAACUACAUUCUUUUACCCAUAUGACGAAAGUAAAAGAGAAUAA